AUGGGGCCUGAACUUCCACGUCCAUCGCUUCCAAUACCGCCUCCACAACCUAUUAUUGUGCGUAAAUCUCGUGGUUAUAAAGGAAUCUUGCUUGUUAUGCUUUCCGUCUUCGUUAUGGCUAUUUUUGCUCUUGUCCUUUCUGAGAUGGCAUAUAGUCGCCAACGAGAUGAAAACUAUUUUAAACUCCGUUGGGCUGAAUUAAAACAACGUUUUGGUUAUGAAAAUGAUGGAAACGUUGAUUACUAUACACAGGCAGCUAAUGCUAUUAGUGAUAAAUUGCUUAGUUUGACUAAGAGCAAUGAAAUCCAACUUCCACGUGUCCCUCAGUCAGCGUCUCUCGAGGAGGAGACAACCAGCAGCUCAACAACUCAGGACACCCCUGUAGUAGCUAUUGAUACUUUCCCAAUGGCUCCAUCAAAAAUUGGCAAUUCUGCCGAUUCUUCAAUUUCCCGUUCUUCACAAACAUCAGAUGAAGUAGAACCUCCACAUCCUUUUUUCGGUUCCGGCAAUUUUAAUGGAGCUUUUAGUCAAAUACGUGAUGCACGUCUUAAAUUUCUUCGAAAUAUUUUACAGAAAAUUAAACAGCAUGCCGAGGAUAUUGGCUUUGAUGGAACUAUGCAGGCAUUUAAUUUCAAAUUUCUUUACUAA